GUAGUGUUUAAGACCUACCUAGCUAACCUAGAACAACAUUUUGCACCCUCCUAGUCUCAAAGCCAUCCAAUCGCGAAAAUGAAGGGUCUCGUGCUUUUUUUAUUUGCUCUUUCGGUCAACGCACAGUGCCGCAGACAGAAUGCUUGUCGUCCUGAUGGAGGAGUUGUUGCUCCCGGUCAAAAUUGCCGUCCAAAUACGGACUAUUGCAAUCUAGGGGCAUGCGGUAACGGCCAAACUUGUCGAAAUACUGAGGAAUGUGAUGGCUGGAUUAAGGCCAAUUGGUAUAAUAAUUGCUAUGUCGAAUGCGUGAGUAGCUGUGAGAAUGUGUUCUCUAACGCGUGAUACUGACAGUAAUUCCAGUGUACAAGGAGCUGAUGCCCAGAGUCUCGAGCGAGGAUGUGAGGGACAGAUAGCGGAACGAGAUUCUCCAAACUUAUUCAUUCGAUCGUAAUAUCAACAAACAUCGAUG